UGUCAGUGGUUGCUCAUCGAACCCCAGCGUAUUGGUCCCGCUUCACCGUCAAGCAGAUCUACGAUAAGCUCCAGCCCAAAAGGACGUACACACCACAAGCGCUGACGACUGGAAUGCUGAUGUUGCAAUACAUGGGCCCCAGAGUGUGCGGCAUGGGUGGGAAUGGUACGAGAUGGGAUUCUUCGCUAGCUGGACACCGUCUGGGUCGAUCACGCUCCUGCGCUUCGAUUUGCCUGCGAAGUUGGAAAAGGAUAUCCAGUCAACGUUUUCUUCGCAGGAUGUCUCUCGUUGGUGUCCAUACGCCGUGCUUUCGCUCAUCUCGGAUGCGCUGCUUCGAUUGUAUGAUGACUCGGUCUGGACACUCAGAAACCAUAUCAGUCAGUGGGAAGCUAGGAGGUCACAAGAGGCCGAUUACUUCCUUUUGCACGAGAUUGCGAGACAAGGGAUACAUGUCAGCGAGACUCUUAUCGUGGCUAUACGGUCUCUCGAUGCCAUGCAGCACCAUCACGUAAGGUUUCAUACACACAACGAUCUUGUCCGCAGUGAAAAGGGACGCGAAAACUAGGAUAGAGUUGGGGUUCGCUUUGAGUUGCAGCUUCGCUUACUC